AUGCGCGCAAUCCUCAGGCCCCGGCGGUUCGCGCUCCGCCUCACACCAACCGUCCGCUAUUCUUCCAACUUUCGUGUCUCGCCGUCGCCGCAUCGCCUGCCGGACGAGGAACAGAAGAUCUUCGAAGAGCUUCAACGUCGCUCGACAGGCGCCUUCAGUACACCACAAGAGCCUCCUGCUAUCAAUCAGUCACCGCACUCGGCUUCGCCUGCAACGCCAUCGUCACGCCCGCAAAUCAACCAGUCGCCCGAUUCGGUCGCCGAGGAGAAGGUGUACAAGGUCACCGCAGAUGGUGAGGGCGAGGAGUUACAUCCGGAUAUUCGAAGAGGUACCCGCCCUGAAUUCGAAGGCGACACCAACCCCAAGACUGGCGAGGUUGGUGGUCCCAAGAACGAACCGCUCAGGUGGGGCGCAUCCGGAGACUGGAGCUUCAACGGGAGAGUGACGGAUUUCUAA